AUGUCGGCCAACCCGCCGCCAGAUAACAUUUAUUCCCCGCCUGAUGGGUUUGUUGAAAGCUUGCUCCAUCACUCAGGCGCACCGCGAUCCCAAUAUCCUGAGCCGCCGCAGCCUGAAUUAGGACAGUCAGUUCAACAAGCACCCGCUCCUGCGCCAGCAUCAGCUCCUACUCCUGCUCCAGCUCCAACCAAUCCGCAGACACCGUCAGAGCCCAAGACCAGACUUCGCAAGGCAUGUGAUAGUUGCAGUACACGGAAAGUCAAGUGCGACGAAUCUGGACCGCCAUGUCGCUCCUGUGCCGCUCUAGAGAUUCCUUGCACAUUUGACCGCCCCAGUCGUAGACGCGGCCCCCCAAAUAGACAUGCAGAAGCUGUCAAAAGGCAGCGGUUAGAACAAGAUGGUACCUGGUCGGCAGCAAGUGCCCUGUCUCCUACGGAAGAUGCUGCACAUAGCCUAGCGUCCCUCUCUGGGACGCAGGCGCUUUCUGCAGAAUCAAUAUGUGAUAUUCACACUCUGCGCAUCUUGGUUGACGACUAUUUCACAUACAUUCAUCCAUUGACUCCGCUUCCUCACGAACCCACGUUCAGAGCAGCCUUCGAGAGACGAGAGGACAGGACAAAUCGGACAUUUCUGGCUUUGCUUGCUUCAAUGAUAGAAGCCCUUGUGGCGUCCUUUCCUCGUCGUCCUCGUCACCUGUUCACUUCUGAGGCAAACCGGAGGCUGUUCCCAAAUGCAGGCGCUUUGAUUGAUCGGUGUCAACAGGUCUUCAACGAAGCCCGUGGACCUGGUUAUCUCGAUCGAGAACUUUCAAUAUACAAUGCCUUCAGCAGCUAUUUGGUGGGCCUUACCGCUUCCUAUCUCUUUGAUUCUAAUCGUGCAAGCAUGUACAUUGCAGAGUGCGUGUCCAUGGUCCGUAGGUUGGCUGUUUACAAAACAUCGUCGAACCUAUCUAUGCAGGGACCUCUUCCUGGUGAGACCGAUUACAUCAAACAGGAGCUUAGUCGAAGGCUCUUCUGGUUGUCCUACGUCAGCUGUCAGUCAAUGCGUCAGCUAGGUGAUGUCGAUGGAGAUCUGCUCAUGCCCUUGUCGGCAAGGAAAGAUCUUCCACCUUUACCCAUUGAGGUUGAUGACACGUUUAUCUACCAAGACCAUAUCCUACCUCAGCCUCCAGGAACGGUUUCAGUUAUCACAGGGUUCAACCUGAACACUAGAAUCUUCAGGUCUUACAGCUCUCUCAACACUCUAGAAAGUGCCUUCGGAAUUGAAGGUGUUGACUGGGAUAAGCAGAAACAACUCAUAGGCCAAAGUCUACAUAGCUGCAACACGGUGAUGGAUAGUGCACCCAAAGAACUGCAAGUGCAGUCACUAACGAGCCCGCAAAUUCGUUAUUCAUCUCCCGUACCUCAGAUCGGUCAGUACGGCCGACAGCAGGAAAUGUGGACCGAGCAGGGGGAUCCGGCUAGCAUGGUGGACUAUUCUAGAAAAAGUGUUCAACAUGAGAUCCAGAAAGCAAAUAUCUAUGCCAGCCAGCUCGGCACGCGGUCCUUCCUGGUAGAAAAGUAUUGGGACCUCUUUGAACUGCACAAUGGCAAUGCAACCCGCCUCGACCAGUCGUUCUCACCUACAACCAACACCGCCAAUGCAGCUCUGGAUGCCAGGCUGCAGAAUGCUUUCAAUUCACCCACUGCAUCAGUACACAGCCAUACGAGCAGUAGACACAGCGUCGAGGUCACUGAACAAGCAAUGUCGCUCGAACGCGAGAACAUCGUUCGAGACUUGGCCACUUUUCUGCAAAGUGUCGACCAGAUUUAUAUGGAGCCUAACGGACUAUCUCUGUGCCAUAAAAUCCGCCAAGUGGCAUCAACGCUAAUCCGUGUCCCGCGUUCACGAGCCUGUCUCCCAACUUUAGACCCAGAUUCCGUCUCCACAUACUUGACUUCGUUCCUCGAUACCAUCAUGAAAUUGGAGAGGUUGGGCAGUGGGUGGAUUAGAGGGUUUGUGGCUCCUUCGCCAACCGCAGACAACGAGGUCGGGAUGGGAGGGGUAGGAGUUGAAAGUAAUGAAAUGGAAGCAGGUGGUGGGAUAACAGGUGAGUUGACAGAAGCCGAAAUUGAGGAGAGGGAGUUGGUGGAGUGGGCUAGUUUGAAGGAAUGUCAAGUCAGAUUUAUGAGGGAGAAUGGGGUUGGUGCUGUGGGGUUGAUGUGA